UUAAAAGCUAAAAAUGAGCGACUGUCUCUCCUCUUCUACAAAUGAACGAAACGGACCAAUGACGCUAACUGAUCCAUCCUUCGCUACGAUCCAAUCUGUUUAACACACGUGCGCCGAAAGGUUGUAUCGUAUCGAAUAUCCCACAGAAAUAUCCGUGAACUGAGCCCUGAACUGAGUCCUGAGUGAGGCAGGGCAGACGAAGUGGUGUCCGUAUUUCAUAUACUAUAUGUGUCUGAGAUUUGGAUCGAGUUAGGCCAUAACCGUGACAACAAAAUGCCAGCUUUGUCGUCAAUGUGGCCGUCCCAGCUCCUGUUAGUGGCGAUUUUUAUUCAACAGACGUGCUUCUCUGCACAGAUGAAGGCUCAUUUAGAGGGUGAAUUGACGCCCAGGAUGGAUUUCAGUUUUCAGGGCAGCAACCCCAUAAACCACCUCACCGGAGCUCUUGGGAACAACGUUGCGAACUUAUUCAACCCGAUGCAAGCUGUUAAUGCGGCCUUCAAUGCGAUCAAUGGUAUCCUAAAGCCAGCUAUACCUUUAACUUUGCCGCCGACUCAGUUGGAAUUCUCAUCCUUACUGGGAUUUCCUAGAAGAUCAAAUGGAGCGUCGCUUUUCCCCCAUACAAAUAGCGGCAAUCCACCGAUGUCAGGCUCAGGAUCAGGCAUUGCUUCUUUGUCGGUCCAUAAUCUUGGAACAAAUCAACCCGCGUCACGCUCUACCAAUGAGGCUAGUGUUUCAUUCCAUACAAGCAUGAAUAAUUCUCCAACUACAAACCCAGGAUCGUUUGGGUUCAGCAUAAGUGGUAACGGAUUGGAUACAGGUUCACGCGAAAGCCCGGGAUCUGUUAGCACCUCGAUCUCACGUGCAAAUAUCCGGCUUGAUCCAGACGCGACCGCAUCUUCCGGCCCUAGUCGUCCAAGUUUAGGCAUAAACCUGGCCAGCAGUUCUUCCUCCUCAGGACCAGAAAAUUCGGAAGCAAUCUCGAGUUCUGUCACUGGCCGUAAUAACCGCCACGGCUUUCGAGGGCGAAAUUUACAAAUGCCUGGAAGUCCUUCAAGGGUAUUUGGCCAAUCUCUGUCGAAACCGGAGGACCGGCUAUUCAGAGAUUCUUCAUUAACCCACAUCAACUUGCUAGGUUCUACUAAAAAUGACCACCACAUUUCUCCAUCUUCGCAUGGAUCGAGUAGCUCGAAUCUGGGUCAUUCCUCAGCUAUUUCAGGAGCCUUAGACGAAAUUGAACCGCGGGGUAGUGUGGGCUUCUCUACAUCUUUAUCCUCAAUACAGCUACCAUCACCGAGCUUUCGUGAAUCAUUAGGUUCAACUAAUCGACGAAGCUUCACCGUAGUCGACAAUAGCAAUAGAUUUACCACCGCGUACGCUAGACCUAACGAGCGGCGUGUCAUCCUUCACACGGGAGGAGGCCAGCCCGAAGAGGACAUCAUUGAAAUAUCACGAUCAACGUACCUCGUUUCACCGAAGCCAGCGACAUUUAGGUCUAGUAUUAUCCAGAAGAAAUUUUAAAUCUCAAUAAAAUUGUCUCAUGCCAA